AUGGUGAGUGCGGACAGUCAAGGUGAGGUGCCUCUUUUAUAUACGGCUGAAGAAAGUGAGGUGCCUCUCUCUACCUUAAAUGGUGGAGUAUCUCAGUCUAAUUCGAAUGUACCAAGGUCUGUGUCGGUUGGUAGACCGGCUGUGAAUUAUUCUUUGCGUAUUUCGCGUGGUGAGGCCAAGGCUGAUGUUGUGGAGACUUCGAUGUUGUCGUCUGUGAGUGUAUCGGAGGGUAAAGGUUCGUCUUCUGGUGGUAUAUUUCGUCGGAGGCUCUCGGGUGUGUCUCCUUGUGUGCCCUCUGUUGGUAAGAACACGACGCGCGAGGAAGGUGCGCUUGCUGAUGAGGUGGCUAGCAGGGGCGUAGACCGCGUCGUCCCACUUUCAACUUCCAUGUUAAGUGCGGUGGAGGAUGUGCCGAGGAGUGGAAGUAGUAUGCGUGCGGGAAGCUCCAACCAGCCGUUGUCUGCUGCGAAUUUUGUGUCGUCGACAGAGUCUACUCGUCGUGUAUUUACCAAUCUUUAUCCGGAUGAAAACUUCCGUCAAGGUACCGUUGCGGUUCCGUUGGUGUUGGUUGGAAAGGCACACGUGCAAUCUGUUUCUUCUGAUGCCCCUGCCCGCGAGGCAACGGUGGAGAUCAUGGGCGGAAAGGAAUUGCCACAGUCGGUGGGUCUUCUCAGGGCAGUGGAGGAAGUCGGGGAGGGCGAGAACCACCAAAGUAGUGGCUGGAGCUCGGGUGCGAAUUCCACGACGGCGGGCGUCAUUCCACGGAGAGAGGUGCGCUUUGCUCCACGACCUUUGAUGCCAACACCACCGCGGCAUGUGGAGCAACAGCAGUCGCAGCAUCCGCGAGUACGGCAGCAGUACGAUACGUACCGCAGUCUUCCAUUUUCUGCGACCUAUACGUCGGUGAUGAUGCCGCGCCCGAUACUGCGCUCGAAUGCGUCAGCAUCGUCUUCUGGAGCCUCUCGAUCCGUGUUUCCGGUCCUCCAACAGCCACAGCAGCAGCAACAGCCACCACAAUAUAUGUCUGUGUCACCACCGAGUUCGUCGCAGCGACAAUCAGUGCCAGACCGUAACUCUGCCUCGCAACGGCGCCUGGGCGAGAUCGUCACGAGGCUGGCUAACUCACGCAGCCCGUCGCCAACGCGUGUUGUGCCGCAGUUAAUUCAAAACAGGCUACCAGUGGUUCCUACCGCUCCCGCUUACCGUGACGCCCUGUACCGCCUGCAGCGCCGACAGCUGAGUCGCAAUUCCAGAUACGUAGGCGGGCCAACUGCCGUUCCGCCGCCGCCGCCGCCGCCGGGACAGCAGCUGCAGCUGCCGUACAACACUCGUAUCAGACCAGACAGCGGCAGUAACAGGGUGGAACGCCUACCGCUGGGGGGCACAUACCCCACAUCACAAACUGGGCGUUUUGUUGGUAACAGACCUGUGUAUUAUUACUAG